UUGGCUUCCUCCAUUAGUGCUUCAGGGACGUUACACGAGAGCAUCCAGCGCAUGCACGAAUCAUUAUUUAACACAGAUAUGGCUUUCCAUCAGUCUGUCGGUUGGACGGCGGGAUCGGCUGGUUUCUGCACGAACGCCGGAGGAAUGGUUUGAUAACUGCAUCGCAUUUCAGGUCCAGCAUCUUUCUGAGGUGCUUCAGGAAGAGUUUCACAGCUUUAAGAACUGUGUGAUGAAGACAUCAGUGAUGGAUCUUAAAGUGGAACCUAUGGACAUUGAUUACGACCAGCCGCCUCCUCUCCAAGUGUUCGCUCACACCUCGACUCUACACGGCAUCUCUCAUAUCUUCUCCUAUGAGAAGAUCACGGCCAAGUGCUGCCUCUGGGUUGUGUUUUUCCUCAGCUCACUGACCUUCCUCAUGUACGUCUGCAUCGACCGGAUUCAGUUCUACCUGGAGUACCCUCACGUCACCAAGCUGGAUGAGAUCACGACGCCCAUGAUGGUUUUCCCAGCAGUGACGAUUUGCAAUCUCAACUCUAUCCGCUUCAGCAGGAUCACACGCAACGACCUGUACCACACGGGCGAGUUGCUGGCACUGCUGAACUCCAGACAUGAGAUACGGGACACUCACCUGGUUGAAGAAAGCGUGAUGGAGGUUCUCAAGAGCAAAGCAGACUUUCGCUCCUUCAAGCCGCGUCCCUUCAACAUGUGGGAGUUCUAUAAUAGAACCGGACAUGACAUAAAAGACAUGCUGCUCUCCUGUCAGUUCAGAGGUUCACCGUGUCGCCCUGAAGACUUCAGCGUGGUGUUCACGCGUUACGGGAAGUGUUACACCUUUAACUCGGGGAACACCGGCGCGCCGCUGAUCAGCGUGAAGGGAGGGAUGGGAAACGGCCUGGAGAUCAUGCUGGACAUUCAGCAGGACGAAUAUUUACCUGUGUGGGGAGAGACAGAGGACUCGUCGUUUGAGGCGGGAAUCAAAGUUCAGAUUCACAGUCAGGACGAGCCUGCGUUUAUAGAUCAGUUUGGUUUCGGAGUCGCACCAGGAUUCCAGACGUUCGUUUCUUGCCAAGAGCAGCGACUGGUGUAUCUCCCUGCUCCGUGGGGCAGUUGCAAGUCAACCCCACCGAGUUCAGACUACUUUAAAGUGUACAGCAUCAGCGCCUGUCGAACGGACUGCGAGACGCGCUACCUGGUGGAAAACUGCAACUGCCGCAUGGUGCAUAUGCCUGGUGAUGCGCAGUACUGCACUCCUGUGCUAUAUAAAGAAUGUGCACAUCCAGCACUAGAUUUCCUGGUGGAGAGGGACAGUGACUACUGCUCAUGUGAGACUCCGUGCAACAUCACGCGCUACAGUAAAGAGAUGUCCUUCGUGAAGAUCCCCAGCAAAGCAUCGGUCAAAUAUCUCGCAAAGAAGUACAGCAAAUCUGAGAAAUACAUAACGGAGAAUGUUCUAGUGCUGGACGUGUUCUUUGAGGCUCUGAACUAUGAAACCAUUGAGCAGAAGAAAGCCUAUGAGGUUGCUGGUCUGUUGGGUGAUAUCGGAGGACAGAUGGGGCUGUUCAUUGGAGCCAGCAUUCUUACGAUUUUGGAGCUUUUUGACUACCUUUAUGAGGUAAUGAAAUACAGGUUGUGCCGCUGCUCCAACAAGAAACAUCACAACAACAACAACACUGAUCACGGCACUGUACUCGGCCUGGAUGACGUUAAAUGUCACGUCAGUAAAUACCAUUAACAUUCCUGCAGAAGUUCCAGCUGUUUGCCUGCCAGUCGUAUCCAGAUUAUGUUCUACAUUUUAGCAGAUGGCAUCACAACACCAGCACGGUUGUGUUUUCUUCAGAUUGUUCUGGCAUCUUGUGGUUGUACUCUUUCUUAUGCCUAUGCGAUUUUUGAGGAUAUUUCCAGAAAUAUUUUGUGCUUUUCUGAAAAACGUGCUUUUGAUUUAUAAGGCAGGAAUGUCAAAAAGGUUUGAUAUUAAUUCAAUUGUUUGAUCUUUGUCUGCCUGGUCUUUUGCGUCAGAAUUGCAUCUGCUAGCUUGAGGGGUUACUGUAUGUGUCAUAUUUUAUUAAUUCUGUGCAUCUUAAAGGCUAUAAUAUGGAUGUAAAUGCAUUGUGACAAGCGAUUCGUUGCACAAGGCAGUGUUCGAGAGAACACCACUCUGAAAGGAAGAGCUCACCCUAAAAAGAAAAUUUGCUGAAAAUGUAUCUCACCUUCAGGCCAUCCAAGAUGUAGAUGAGUUUGUUUCUUCAUUAGAACAGAUUUGAAGAAAUGUAGCAUUCCAUCAAUGGAUGCUCUGCAGUGAAUGGGUGCCGUCAGAACAAGAGUUCAAACCGUGAAGUGAAGUGAAGUGAAAAGCUGCAUAUUUGUAAUAAAACAAAUCCAUCAUCAAGACUUUUAAUAUCAAACUGUUGCUUUCGGCUAAAAGUCCUCUAUCCAUAAUUUUGCUUUCUCCAGGGAAAAAGUUGUGUUGUCUGAAUCAGUAGAGAAAUAUGCAUGGAUCAAACCCUGAUUCCAAGCCAAAACAUUAUUAUGGACUAUGGACUGAUCUUUUGACUAGUUUAAAGUUAAAAAGAUUUAAUGAUGGAAAUGUUUCUUACAAACACGCAGCUUUAGCUUCACAAGACAUUCGUUGCUGGUCUGGAGGGGUGUGGAUUACUUGUGGAUUAUUGUUAUGUUUUUAUUAGCUGUUUGGACUCUUAUUCUGACGGCACCCAUUCACUGCAGAGGAUCCAUUGGUCAGCAAGUGAUGCUAAAUGCUAAAUUUCUCCAAAUCUGUUCCAGUGAAAAACAAACUACUACACCUUGGAUGGCCUGAGGACGAGUACAUUUUCAGCUCAUUUUCAUUUUUGGGUGAGCUGUUUCGUAAAGGCCUGUGGGUGCUAUAUGAUAUGAGCAUGAUAUCAUGAGCCCAUGUCAGAUCAGAGAGAGACUAACCCCAGAAAUUCCCAGGGGUGCAUGUGAGCUCUCCCAGGCUUCUGUCUGCUGUGUCAUGUUUGUUUCGGGAGCUGGGAUGUGUGUGCAUGUCUGUGUAUGUGUCAGUUAAAGUUGUGUGCCGUUGCUGUGUGUGUCUGUGUGUUUGCAAGCUCGUCUGAAAGUGCAUGGAUGUGUUUGUCUGUUUGUAAGUGUGUCUUUGGGCAUGUACUGUACAUAUUACAUGUGAUCGAUCAUUUCUGGAAUAGAUGAGGAAAAGCUGAAAGCAACAGGGUGUCGGAUAUUUUUAAUCAGAAAAUGAAGUAUUUUUAAGUCUGUGAUGCAUUAGAAUGAUUUGUCAAAUGCUAGCAGAUAGAACACAGUGAUUUGUCGUAGAUUAAGGUAGCUUAAAAAUAUUUUUUCAUGUUUGAUUUACAUUUUAGACACUAUAUUAAUCUAAAUACAGGUCUGGUUUCUUUUCAGAAAAACCACACAAUCGAUUUUCAGUAUUUCCUGAAUAAGGAUUGUCAAAUAGCAACAGUAUUAAUAUAUGAAUAAAAAAUUUUCAACUGAUACAUUUCUGGAUUAUUUUGAUGUUUAUCAUGUCGUUGUGAUAAAAAUAUGAUUUUUUUUAUUUUUUUUUAUGAAUAAACAUGCAUAAAAUUAA